AUGAUGAGUAAUAGUGUGGGUGUGGGUGUGGGUGUUGGAGGUAGGGGUUGAUUGGCUUCUAAGACAAGGCUAAUCAAUUAAAGAAAGCAAACUACUACUAGCUAGGCCACUCACAAAUGAUCUUUUUUUUUUUUUUUUCUUUUUUAUCUUCCCAUUCGUUGAUUUUUUGGGGGGCUCGUAAUUAUUAGCAUGCUCUCUCUCUCUCCUUUCCUUCCUUCACCCACUAGCCUAGAGAAAAGUGGUGGUUAGGUGAAGCAGGCAGUCAGUCAGUAAGGGCACUAACUAAACUAAUAAGCACGACACCAGCACACCAGCACUCAGCACAUACGGAAAACAUCUACGCAUCCUAAAAUACCACCCUCCCACCCCACCUCACCCAUGCGCCAUUUCCCGACCAGAGCAAGAAAAAGAAAAGAGCCUGACUAUUCUUUGUUCUUGUUCAAGUGGGGAAGGAAGUGUGAGAGAGAGAGACAGAGAGAGUUUGACUUUUUCGUACAAAGGAAAGGAAAGGAAACGAAAGGACUCGUGUUUGUCCCCUCAAUUACUAAUUUGCUUUUUGCAGCGGGCGGAGAGCAGAUCCUCAUAUCUCAUAUCAUAUCAUAGCCCUCGGACAUGGCAGCCAUACGGCUGCUCUGCUUUCUGGUGGUAUGCUGUGGUGCAGGGAUUCAAGUGAUCUCCUCUGUUACGGACGCUCGCGAUGCUGCUGCACUCAGAUCUUUAAAGGACCAGUGGCAAAACACACCACCAAGCUGGGGAAAGUCAGGUGAUCCUUGUGCAGCACCCUGGGAAGGGGUCACCUGCAACAACUCAAGGGUGACUGCAUUGGGAUUAUCAAGUAUGGGACUCAUAGGUAAACUAAGUGGUGACAUUGGGGGCCUCACUGAACUGAGAUCGUUGGAUCUGUCAUUCAACCAACGACUCACAGGCUCCCUCUCUUCUCAGUUAGGUGAUCUGCAAAAGCUGAACAUAUUAAUCCUGGCUGGAUGCGGUUUCAGCGGUAAUAUCCCAAAUGAAUUGGGCAAUCUUGUAGAGCUAUCCUUUUUGGCUCUAAAUUCAAACAACUUCACUGGUCAAAUACCUGCUUCUUUGGGCUCUCUCUCCAAGCUCUACUGGCUGGAUCUGGCAGACAAUCAGUUGACAGGAUCCCUCCCUAUUUCAAAAUCCACCACUCCAGGCUUGGAUUUACUCAAAAAGGCAAAGCACUUCCAUUUCAAUAAAAACAAGCUUUCAGGCCCAAUUCCAGCCAAACUUUUCAGCUCAGAUAUGGUACUGAUACACGUACUGUUUGACGGAAAUCAACUAACAGGAAAAAUUCCAGACACAUUAGGACUUGUUCAGACUCUUGAGGUUCUUCGGCUAGACAGAAACACCCUGACUGGGAAUGUUCCAUCAAACCUCAACAACCUCACAAAUGUCGUUGAAUUGAAUUUAGCGCACAAUGACCUGUCUGGCCCAUUACCAAACUUGUCGGGAAUGAUCUCCCUUAAUUAUGUGGACUUGAGCAACAACUCCUUUCAACGCUCAGAAGCUCCCACUUGGUUCUCAACUUUACAAUCACUCACAACUCUAGUCAUAGAAUAUGGUUCACUUCAAGGGCUUCUGCCACAAAAACUUUUCAGUUCGCCACAGAUACAACAAGUGAAAUUGAGAAACAAUGCAUUCAAUGACACAUUGAACAUGGGUAAUAGCAUCAGCCAGCAAUUGCAGCUUGUUGAUUUGCAGAACAAUCAGAUAUCCACUGUAACACUGGGUUCUGGAUAUACAAACACAUUGAUACUUAUUGGAAACCCCGUGUGCACCACUGCUCUGGCAAAUACAGCUUUCUGUCAGCUUCAACAACAAACCACAAAACCUUAUUCUACUAGUGUGGCUAAUUGUGGAAGCAAAUCUUGUUCACCCGACCAGAAGCUCAACCCUCAGAGCUGUGACUGUGCUUUUCCAUAUGAAGGGACAUUGUAUUUCAGAGGACCUUCCUUCAGGGAGUUGUCUAAUGUCAAUAUGUUCCAUUCUCUAGAAAUGAGCCUGUGGACGAAAUUGGGCCUCACUCCUGGUUCAGUUUCUUUGCAGAACCCCUUCUUCAAUAUUGAUGAUUAUCUUCAGGUGCAGUUGGACCUUUUCCCAUCCACUCAAAAAUAUUUUAAUAGGUCAGAGAUUGUGAGGCUUGGGUUUUAUUUGAGUAAUCAAACUUACAAGCCUCCUCCAGAUUUUGGACCCUACUAUUUUAUAGCAUCUCCUUAUUUUUUUCCAGAUGAACAUGGGGGAACUUCUAUUAGCUCAGGCACAAUUAUUGGGAUAGCAAUUGGUUGUGGCUUUUUGGUCCUUUUGCUUGUUGGGCUGGGGGCAUAUGCCGUUCGGCAAAAGAAACGUGCUGAAAAAGCAAUUGGAUUAAGUAAACCAUUUGCAUCCUGGGCUCCAAGUGGCAAAGACAGUGGUGGUGCCCCGCAAUUAAAGGGAGCUAGAUGGUUCUCUUAUGAUGAACUCAAGAAGUGCACCAAUAAUUUCUCUGAUGGUAAUGAGAUUGGGUCCGGAGGCUAUGGCAAGGUCUAUAGAGGGAUGCUCACUGGAGGGCAGGUAGUAGCAAUCAAAAGAGCACAGCAAGGUUCUAUGCAAGGUGGGCUCGAGUUCAAAACUGAAAUUGAGCUGCUUUCGCGAGUUCAUCACAAGAACCUUGUUGGCCUUGUUGGGUUCUGUUUUGAACAAGGAGAACAAAUGUUGGUGUACGAGUUUAUGCCCAAUGGGACACUUAGGGAGAGCCUGUCCGGGAGAUCAGGCAUUCAUGUGGAUUGGAAAAGGAGACUUCGCAUUGCUAUUGGUUCAGCAAGAGGAUUAGCUUAUCUUCAUGAGCUUGCUGACCCCCCGAUAAUACAUAGGGAUGUCAAAUCUACCAACAUUCUGUUGGAUGAAAAUCUAACAGCAAAGGUUGCUGAUUUUGGAUUGUCUAAGCUAGUUUCAGACAGUGAAAAAGGACACGUUUCAACUCAAGUUAAAGGCACAUUGGGUUACUUAGAUCCUGAAUAUUACAUGACUCAACAAUUGACUGAGAAGAGUGACGUAUAUAGCUUUGGUGUGGUGAUGCUUGAACUGAUAACAGCUAAGCAACCAAUUGAGAAGGGAAAGUAUAUUGUCCGUGAGGUAAGAAUGGCAAUGGAUAAGAAUGAUGAAGAACACUAUGGCUUGAGGGUGCUAAUAGACCCAGCCAUAAGAAACAUGACAAAUCUUAUAGGGUUUGGGAGGUUCUUGGAGUUGGCAAUGCAGUGUGUAGAAGAAUCAGCUGCCGAUCGUCCAACAAUGAGUGAAAUAGUAAAGGCACUAGAAACCAUCCUACAAAAUGAUGGGCUACAUACCAACUCAACAUCUGCAUCCUCAUCUGCCACCGACUUUGGAUCUACAAAAGGUGCUCCUAGACACCCUUACAAUGAUGCUCUGCCAAAAAGGGAUGUCAAUGAUAGUGAUGCAUUUGACUACAGUGGUGGAUACACACUUUCAGCAAAAGUGGAACCUAAGUAGUUGAUGAUUUAUAGUCUUUUUUAUUUACUUUUUUCUCUUUUUAAAAUUGGUUUAUUCAUGAAUAACCUUUUUUUUACUGUUGCCAAUUAAAAAACUUAUUAGUAAAACACAUGAAAAUGUUAUGCCUCUAUUACGUUUACACGUUUCAUUCCAACUAAAUGUAUAACUAUGUGGAGUAUGUUUGUACUA